AUGGAUUCAAAAACGUACCUGGCUGAGAAUGUGCUUAACGAGCAGCGCACGGUCACUUAUCGCGCGUUGAGUCGAGCUCUCAAGGUCCACGCGAACAGGGCUAAGCAGAAUGAAAAUGCCAAAAAAUCGCACAGCGUCCAUGCAACAUAUGUCAUUUCAGGAGUGCAAAAACCACCAGCGUCGCUUGCGAUCAACGGUCAUGCGCGAGACGAAGACGAGAUCAUGCAAAGCAGUCCCUAUUUGCCAAGCUCAAUGCCGAAUGAGCAAAAUGGCGAAGACUCAACUCUCACUACCUCGAUUAUUUUGGCUCGGGAGGAGGACAUGGAAGCUGCAAAAUGUACAUUUGAAACUAUUGUGUCCAUCCAUGUCUACAGUAUUCAGGCGACUGUACUUCAGGAUCUCAAUGCCUUGACCGACGUAUGCCGAGAAGUUGCGACUACGUAUGCGCAAGACGACCCGCUAGAAUGUGGUCAGAAAUGGGGGAUGAUUCAGAAUCGCAACGUCAAGCCCUCUCAGCGGAGAACUGGAGCUCGACCUCCCCCUCCGGCCGCUCCAGCGCCGAAGGCGCAGGCUGUGUCAACCGUGCCUUCCAAACGCCCCCUACAAAUGGACGCAUCUGGCACGAACUCAGAGACCAAAAGUCAGGACUCGAAUCCGGCCACCGCCUCUCAGUUGUCAAACAAGUCCACCGACAAGGCAGCACCCGCGAAGCGCGAGAAGAAUAGCCUCUUUAGCUCUUUUGCCAAAACCAAACCGCCGAAGCCGAAGCCAAGUACUCCCGUAGAAUCGGUCACUCCAAAUGGACCGGAGGAUGUUGUUCUCGAUGAUGCUUCUGAUGAUGAGCAAGAAGAACUAUUCCCAGAUAACAGCAAUCAAGCGUCCAUGGCCAACCGCGAAACUAAGAAGGAGCGGGAAGAGAAACUCAGAAAGAUGAUGGAAGACGACGACGCAGAUGGUACAGGCCCCUGCGCUAAUGAGGAAAUGCCUGAUGCCGAUGAGGAAGAACCUGUACGAGAGACGACUCCUGUCGAGCAACCACCACCAUCGAAGCCCGUCGAGCUCAAAGAGGAGGUCACCGUACAAGGUGGACGCCGACGUGGUAAACGCCAAGUCAUGAAGAAGCGAACAGUCAAGGAUGAGGAAGGGUACCUGGUCACUCGGGAGGAACCGAGCUGGGAAUCUUUCUCCGAAGAUGAGCCGGCUUCAAAGAAAAAACCUGCCGUGAAUGUCGCGAAGAGCAAGGGAGGUAAGACUGGGCAAGGCAGCAUCAUGUCAUUCUUCGGAAAAAAGUGA